UGAAUUUGAUGUCAACGUACCGAGGACUGGAAAAAACAAGAAAAGCCUGUUUUCUUUCUUGUAGUUAGUAGCCUAUAUAAAAGCCUGACGGGAAACUAAAUAUUUGCGGAAGGAGCGUCAGUUCCCCUUCGAGUUCCUUCCAAAAACGAAACCGUGACUUAAAGAAGCCUGGAUACGUCGCUUUCACAAUGAAAGUGCAUUUGUUAAUAGUUUUAUUGCUGGUGUCUAAUAUAACAUUAUCUUCAGGUGUUCUGGAGUUUUUCGCAGCUGCUGCAUCUUACGUGAUUCACAAAUUUUAUGAACGGGAUGAUUUGCGUCCUUAUGACUUUAAACGUUUGGAGAAAGAUUUAAGAGACUCUCUCUUUGGGCAGCACAUUGUGUCUGACGUUGUACUGAAAGCUGUAACAUCAUUUAUGACUGACAGCAACCCAAACAAACCGCUGGUCCUCUCUUUCCAUGGGACUACAGGAGUUGGGAAAAAUCAUGUUGCUAAAAUCAUUGCAAGAAAUGUGUACGAAAAAGGGGACCAGAGCAAGCAUUUUCACAUAUAUAUAUCUGAGCAUCAUUUCCCACACAGAAAUAAGCUAGACUUAUACAGCGCACAGCUAAAGCAGUGGAUACAUGGAAAUGUAUCAAGUUUUCCCCGCUCCAUGUUCAUAUUUGAUGAAAUGGACAAGAUGCAACCACAGCUGAUCGAUGUCAUAAAACCUUUUCUAGACUACAAUGUCCGUGUCGAUGGAGUGUCAUUCCACAAUGCAAUCUUCAUUUUUCUCAGUAAUGCAGGUGGGAAUGUGAUUACUGAAGUGGCUCUGGAUCUCUGGAGAGAAGGCAAAGAGCGGGAAGAGCUUUGGAUGAACAGCAAGGAACUGGAGACUAGGAUCCUUCAAGACAUCUUCAACGAUAAGAACAGUGGAUUUCUGCACUCUAGUAUUAUAGAUCAUCAUCUGGUUGAUCAUUACAUUCCUUUCCUACCUCUUGAGCUGAAGCAUGUACGUCAGUGUGUCAUGGCUGAGAUGAGCCAUCUGAACAUGACCCAAGACUAUGAUCUGGCAGACAAAGUGGCCAGAGACUUGCCCUAUUUCCCUGUGGAGGAGAAAAUCUUUGCUGUUAAAGGCUGCAAGUCUGUCAGACAGAAGUUGGUGCUGUAUGAUUAGCAGCAUGUUGCCCUACUGUUUUGACUGUUAGUCCUAUUAAUAUUUAGGUUUUAAUGAAUUACAUUGCCAUCUGGAGUUUGAGUUAUUCUGCCUCUUGAGUUAAGACAACCUCUUUAUUAAACAUUUGAAACAAUUUGUAUAGUCUGUUUAGAUUUGGUACCACAAUCUUAGUCCUAACAUAUUUUUGAAGAAGCCACACUUAGUGGCAUUUUAUACAUCACUUUAUCAUGGUGGAAGUGUUUUUGCAAGUCAUGGUAACCAGAUACCAUAUUUGUUAAAAUACUAUAUGUGUUACUGCAAUAAACACCAUGGAAUAGAGAGAGACUGCGCAGUACUUUUCUCUCUCUCUCUCUCUCUCUCUUUCUCUCUCUCACACACACACAGAGAGAGAGAGAGAGAGAGAAUGUUUAUGCCGCUUUGAAUCUUUGCUAAUGUUAAUGCGCAUGUCUCAUGGUCUAUGAACGCGUCACUCAGAUGGAUGGAUGAACUUCUGUCACCAUUAAUAACGGUAGAUUCGUAUUUCAUUCAUGUUGUAAUGGUUUCCUCUCGUUUUGAUUUCAUAUUCGUGAUAAAAGAAUGAGCUAGAUAUGCUAACAGGCUAGCUAGGAUAUUCCAGUUCUGUCGGAUAUUUACCUGCAUGUCCUGCCUUUUAUUACCCUCAGAACGCGAUUUAAUGAU